GUGUAUACGUUUCGUGGUCGAUGAAGGGAGCAACAGGCGAGCAAAUAGAGUAAAUAGUGCCACAAAUUGGGAGUGGGGAGCGCAGCAGGAACUUGUAAUCAGCCAGUAUCACCAUGAGCUGCUUCAGCGCGAUGAACGCCCCGCUGCUGGGCGAAAUGGAGCAGACUAUCGGCAUGCUGGAGAGGGGCACCAUUGUCACCAAGCUGUACGGGAAGCAGCGGCGGCCGGACCGCCGCCACCUGAUGCUCAUCCGCGAGACGCGCCAGCUGCUUUGGGCAACGGUGGCCGCCCAAACGCCUCGUACCGACUACGAAGGCGCCAUCCAGCUGCGCGAAAUCAAGGAGAUCCGUGUGGGCAAGCACUCGAAGGAGUUUCGCCUCUUCGCCGACGACUGCCAGCGUUUCGAGAGCAGCAAGUGCUUUGUCAUUCUGUAUGGCAGCCACUUUAAGCUAAAGAGCUUCUCUGUGGUGGCGCUCUCGGAGAUCGAGGCGGAUAACUGGGUGCGUGGACUACGUUACAUGGUCAGGGACACGCUCGGGGCGCCGUAUCCGCUGCAGAUUGAUCGCUGGCUACGCCGCGAAUACUACCAAAUGGAGAAUGUCAACUCGCACUCGGCCAAGGCAUCGGAGGCAUCGCCGGCCCAGGUGACCAUCAAGGACUUUAAGCUCUUCCUGGCCGGCGUUAGCUGCAAGAUGACCACCAGCAAGUUCAUGGAGUGCUUCACCGAGGAUGUACGGCGCAAGCAUGACCUCAAGUUUGAUGAUUUCUCGCGUCUUUACCAGAAGCUACUGCUGCCCACUAGCUUUCCCAGCGUGAUGUGCGGAGGAGGAGCUGCAGGAGCUCCAUUUCCCUACUCUGAAGACCAGCAGACGGUGAGGCCAGCAGAAUUAAAGCGUUUCCUGGAGACGGAGCAGCGGGAUAUUAGUGCCAGCGAGCUGAGUGCCGCCGCCAUAGCCACCUUCAUACGGGACUUCGUGCAGGAUGUGGAAAGGGAUGUCCAGGAACCCUAUCUGUCCAUCUCGGAGUUCAUGGACUUUCUAUUCUCCAAGCAGAAUGAUCUGUGGAACAGCAAGUACGACUCGGUGUUUAUGGACAUGAACCAGCCGCUCUCCUCCUAUUGGAUAGCCUCCUCGCACAACACCUACCUGACGGGCGAUCAGUUCUCCAGCGAGUCCUCCUGCGAGGCCUAUGCUCGAGCUUUGCGCAUGGGCUGUCGCUGCAUCGAACUGGACUGCUGGAAUGGACCGGACAAUUUGCCGUACAUCUUCCAUGGCCACACCAUGACCUCGAAGAUCAAGUUUAUGGAUGUGAUCAAGACGAUCAAGGAUCAUGCCUUCACCACCUCCGAAUAUCCGGUCAUCUUGUCCAUCGAGCAGAAUUGCUCCUUGGAGCAGCAACGCAACAUGGCCCAGGCCUUGAUCGAGGUCUUUGGUGACAUGCUGCUCACCCAGCCCUGCGAUCGCAAUGAGCAGCACUUGCCCUCGCCCUACCAGCUGCGGCGCAAGAUCAUCCUCAAGCACAAGAAGUUACCGCAGUUUGAUGAGAUUGGCGGCAAUGGUGGCUCUCUGACCCAUAGAUCUUCCUUGGGUGGCGCCGGCGGCGGAGGAGGAGGAGCAGGUGGUGGACUGGGAGGCGGUGAAAACGAGGGCGAUAACAUGCGAAAAGUGGUCAAGGAUGGCCUGCUGUACUUCAAGGAUCCGGUGGACAAGUCUUGGAAUCUGUAUCAGUUUGUAUUGACCCAACAGGAGUUGAUAUACUCCUCGGAGAUCAAUGAGUCGCGCAAUGGCAACUCGGAGGAUGAUGACUUUGGCCUGUCGUCGUCCUGUUCGCUGAACAAUAAUAUGCAGCAAAAGCAGAAGGACACCUCGGCCAAUGAUGAGCUGCAUUUUGGCGAGAAUUGGUUCCAUGGAAAACUGGAAGGCGGCCGAAAGGAGGCCGAUGAUCUUCUGAAAAAGUACAACCAUUUGGGUGAUGGCACCUUUUUGGUACGCGAAUCAGCCACCUUUGUGGGCGACUACAGUCUAUCGUUUUGGCGACGCAAUCGACCCAACCAUUGCCGCAUCAAGCUGAAGCACGAGAACGGUUCCAUCAAGUACUAUUUGGUGGAGAAUUUCGUCUUUGAUUCGCUCUACUCGCUGAUUGUCUAUUAUCGGAACAACAUGCUGCGCAGCUCGGAAUUUUCGAUUAUAUUAAAAGAGCCCGUGCCGCAGCCCAAGAAGCACGAGGAUCAGGAGUGGUUCCAUCCAAAUACCACCAAGGAACAGGCCGAACAGGGUCUUUUUAAGCUGGAUAUUGGUUCGUUUCUUGUACGACCCUCGGUGCAGAGCGUGAAUGCGUUUGUCAUCUCGUUCACCAUCAAUCGGAAGAUCAAGCACUGCCGGAUCAUGCAGGAGGGACGACUCUAUGGCAUCGACACCAUGAACUUUGAGUCCCUGGUCUCCCUCAUCCAUUAUUACACACGAAAUCCGCUGUAUCGCAAUGUCAAGCUCUGUCAUCCGGUGUCCCAAGAACUGUUGCGUCAAGCCCUGGCUGAGGUCAAUGACCGGGUGCAUGAUGUGGGCAAUGGAGCCGCCUCCAACUACAUGGGUUCCAAUCUGGAGGAGUAUGUCACCUGCAAGGCUUUGUAUAGCUACAAGGCCAACAAGCCGGAUGAGCUGUCCUUCCCCAAGCAUGCCAUCAUCACGAAUGUCCAGCGGGACAACUCGAUGUGGUGGAUUGGGGACUAUGGGGGCAUGAUCAAGAAGCAUCUGCCGGCCAACUAUGUCAAGGUCAUUGACUCUGCCACGGAAGACUACAACUCGAUCAACGAAGAUGGCACCGAUGGACGCACUGAAUCCAUCGAAAUAUUCGGUGCCGUCGCCUCGCUCUUCGAAUCCAACGAGCCCGGCAUUAUCUUCAAGCUUCAAAUCCAAACACCAACGAUGCAGAAUCCAUUUGUCAUCGGUUUUGAUAACCAGGAGACGGCCUACGAGUGGAUAAAGGCCAUCCAGGAUGCGGCACUGUUUGCCAGCCAGCUGGCAACGGAACGACGGAAAAAAGAGCGCACAGCCCGGGUGGCCAAGGAGAUGUCCGACUUGAUAAUAUAUUUCCGCAGUGUACCCUUCCGCGAGCACUCGUGGAUAUUCCAGGAAAUGUCUAGCUUUCCGGAAACGAAGGCGGAAAAGCAAUUCUUUCAGCAAAACACCCAGCUCUUUCUCUCCUACCAUCGCAACCAGAUCAGCCGGGUGUAUCCCAAGGGUCAGAGACUGGACUCGUCCAACUUUAAUCCAAUGCCAUUCUGGAAUAUCGGUUCGCAGAUGAUAGCCCUCAACUAUCAGACGGGCGACAGGGCCAUGCAGCUGAACCAGGCCAAGUUCCGGAACAAUGGACAGUGCGGCUAUAUCCUAAAGCCGGCAUUUAUGAAGACUGAUAGCUUUAAUCCGAACGAUCCACUGUCCGAUGGCCUCAGCGAGGUGAAGGUCAGCAUACGUCUGAUUGCCGCCCGGCAUCUGUUUCGGGGCGGCAAGUCAAACAAUCCCCAGAUUGUGGUGGAAAUCGUUGGCGCCAGCUUUGACACGGGCAUCAAAUACCGCACCAAGGUCAACGAGAAUGGCUUUAAUCCGGUGUGGAAUGAGAUGUGUGAGUUUACCGUACGCAAUCCACAAUUUGCCAUUCUGCGCUUUGAGGUCCAGGACGAGGAUAUGUUUGCUGAAACGCAUUUUAUAGCCCAGGCCUGCUAUCCACUGGCCUGCAUCCGGCCGGGCUACCGCAGCGUCAUCCUGCGCAACAAGUUUAGUGAGGAAUUGGAGCUGUCUUCCCUGCUGGUCAAUGUGAAAAUUGCCAGUGUCACUUCCCCAUAGAGCGAGAUUUCUGCAUCCUUUACUCCUUGUUGUUCUAUGUGUGUAUGUUUGUGUGUGUCUCUGUGUGUGUAUGUGUGUGUAUUGUAACCAUUCCUUUGAAGAGGAGGAGAAGAGAGUAAAUUUUUUUAAAAGCAAAAAAAAAUAAUAGAAAUAAUAACUUCCAUUUUAAAAUAGUUUUUAAACUACUUUAUAGCAGGGACCCUAAUCUUGAAAGAGCAUCCAAAUUGUAGUCGAUUGGCAUACUUUUUUCUGAUUUUUUUGUUUAAAGAAAACAUUGAUAAUCAUUAUUUACGGUCCCUGCUUUAUGGUUCUUUUCAAAAUUUAUUGUUUAAAGUAUUAACUGCAAACCUUUUUUUAUUACUAAUAGAAUGGUUGUGUUGUAAAAUAUGCUACUUACCAUAAUAACGAACUUCCAUUAAAAUAAUUAAGAAUAAUAUGAGAACGAUUGUAGCAAAAAAAAAAAAGAGUAAGAAACAGAUGUGCCUUUUGGUUGCGCUACUCGCAUUCCAUUUCCAUGUUAUUUUCCACAUCAUUUUAAUGCAUUUAAAAAUAAAGUAGUUCUAUUUUCCCUUUUUUUAACUGAUUGUGUCAAUCGUUGUUCUUUAAAAUGCAUAUCUAACAGGGUGCAGCCCUACCUAAACACUGUUUUUACACAUAUUAUUUAUACUUACAUAUAUGUACAUAUAUAUAUAUACACUUUUUGUUUAAUGCCAAAUAAAGAUUUAACGGCGUUGGCUGUCUAUAUAUACAUUAUACUAUA